AAUCAUUUCCCAUCUCCGAAUGAACUUCCACUCACUAAAGCACUAAAGCAACUCCACAGAAUCAGUUAAGCAGCCAAUAAAGUAAAUGGAACAGACCGGGCAACUAAGUGUAACAUUUUUGCCCUUUAUAUAGUUACCUGAGGCAAGUUCAAACAAUAGGCAAGUUUCAUAAGUUUAUGCUACUCCCCCACACUUAGCUUCCAUGAUAUUGAAGCAGAAUUUACAGAAUUGCACUAGGUGGCAUCAAUUGAUUUAGAGGAUCGCGAUAAUAUAUAGAACAACUUAGCUACAUUUCAGGACCUCCUUUUGAAGCAACACAAUAGCUGAGUAGGGAAGAUGGAAACAAAAGGACUUGCUGCAAAGGAUAUAAUUUACAAGCUAUUUAACAGGGCGAAGCCCUUUGCUGCUGUAAUUUUUUUGCAAUUUGGGCUUUCAGGAAUGGAUAUCCUCUCAAAAGUUGCACUCAAUGAAGGGAUGAGCAAUUAUGUAUUUGUGGUCUACCGCCAUGCCAUUGCCACGGCUCUUAUUGCCCCUUUUGCCAUCAUACUGGACAAGAAAAUAAGGCCGAAGAUGAGACUCUCAAUAUUUGCAAAGAUCCUGGUUCUCAGCCUACUCGAACCAGUUAUAGACCAGAAUCUCUACUUUUUGGGCAUGAAAUACACCACAGCGACCUUUGCUGCAGCCAUGUGCAACAUUCUUCCUGCCAUAACCUUUCUGAUGGCCUGGAUCUUCAGGCUUGAGAAGGUGAAAUUAAAGAGCAUUAACAGCCAAGCAAAGAUAGUUGGCACUGUUGCCACCGUUGGAGGUGCCAUGCUCAUGACACUACUUAGAGGACCAGUUAUUAAGCUGCCCUGGACAAAAGGAACCACCAGUCCUGAACAUCAAAGUGGUGGUAUAAAUCUUCAAAAUUCAAUCAAGGGCGGACUCUUUAUCACAAUUGGAUGUUUCGGUUGGUCUUGCUUCAUGGUUUUACAAGCAAUUACACUUCGGGCAUAUCCAGCUGAGCUCUCUCUCACUGCUUGGAUAUGCCUACUGGGAACAGCUGAAGGAGCCAUACUGGCACUAAUAAUGGAGAGGGGAAAGGCUGCAGUGUGGUCCAUAAACUGGGAUACUAAAUUUCUUGCAGCUUUAUACAGCGGUGUUUUCUGCUCUGGACUUGCUUAUUAUAUCCAAGGAGUAGUCAUGAAACAAAGAGGCCCUGUUUUUGUGACAGCUUUUAGUCCUUUGAACAUGGUUAUUGUGGCUGUCUUAAGCUCUUUCAUUCUGCAUGAGCUAAUGGAUCUGGGAAGGGUGCUUGGAGCCAUUACCAUAGUUGUUGGCCUUUAUCUUGUUGUAUGGGGUAAAAGAAAGGACUAUGAUUGCCCGUCUAUUGAAGGACUUCCAACAGACAUUCAAAUGAUGAGUGCAGAUACCAAGUGCAAGGAAAACAAUAAUCAUGAGGUUGUCAACAUUAAUUCAUCCAAAGAAGGAGCUGUCACUGGAGAUGAAGUAUAAUGACAAUGGUUCUCAGAUUCUAUAUAGUCAUUCUGAAAGUUGCUUUAACUCCAUGUGAAACAGUAGACUUCUUUUCUGUACCCCCUGUUCAUGAUGACUCCAGGGAAAGGUAGAGUAUAUUCUAAUUGUAAUGCGACUAAAGCCAGUCUAACAUAAUGACGGCAUAUGUGGUGUAGAGUCACUUGACCACUGCAAUGUUUUUUAAUGUCAAUUAUCAUAAGACAUUUACCCCAGAUAAGGAUAUGUGGGUGAGUAAUUGACAUGUUAUAUUUCUUGACAAGCAUGCAUUUGAGGACACCAGUCAGCUUGUGGAAUUGUGAACACUCUACAUGCUGACAGAACUUGGCAUCUAACAAUUUUAUCCAAGACCAUGGCAAUUGGGUACUUGAAAAUGUGGUAUUUGUCCCAGCUUUGUUCUUCAAUACCUAGAUAUGUACCCUAAACAUCAACCUCUCUUGUAACAUAUUUUGAGGAGAAAUAGAUGUUGAAACUCAUAAGAGGGACAAGAAAACAUCAAGAAAGGUCACAUCAGGAGCUAUAGAAACUGUUUACUUUGGCAGGCAUAGAACCGCCGAUGUAACAGCCCUGCCUAUUGAAUAAUUGAAAUCAUACCACUUUUUGAGACUUAUUCUGAAAUAAUCUGAAUUAAUACACCCACCUCAUCUUAAUUGAGCAGCCAGAUCUUAAAUACAUAUGCUAAUAUCCAAGUUCCAAUAGAAAAACUACUGGCCAUGUGCGCUUAAUUCCUGCCAAACUCUAAUGAAGCAGGCUAAGGCAAUAUAGACCAAAACCACAUCAAUUUGAGGAGAAUCAAUCAGUUAAAGCAUUUCCAACGUUUGCAAUUCAAACAACAAUUC